AUGACUGACUUUCAGGAGACUUUAUCGUCUGUUUCUAAGAGAUUCCUAGAACUAUACCGUUCCAAGAUUCUGUCCCAAUGGAGGGGGACUAAUGGCUCCUCCGAGGAAGAGAAACGUUUCAACUCUCUUAUACAGCAAAACGGUUUUGCUCGACAGAUAUUUGGUCUUUAUAAAUCAUUAUGUUUCAGGUAUGAGAAUGACGCAUGGUACUCCGUAGUAUUAGAUAUAUUAGAUCUUGAUUUAAUAUACAGCAACGUUGACAAAGCUGUUCAAGAUAAUAAUGCUUCGGAUAUUGAAUAUCAGGACUAUUUGGUGAAAGAGCUUCUCAGGUACUUCAAAAGAGAUUUCUUCUCAUGGUGUAACAAACCUAAUUGUUCCAAAUGUGGCACUGACGAACAUCUCGAAUGGGUGGGUACAGAUAGAGCAAACAGUGAGGAAGCCAAAUAUCAAUGUGGGAACGUCGAAGUAUACCGCUGCACCCUUACUGGUGAUAUCACAAGAUUUCCGCGUUAUAAUGAUCCGAUAAAGUUACUUCAGACAAGAACAGGAAGGUGUGGAGAAUGGUGUAAUGUGUUCACCUUGAUUUUGAAAUCGUUCGGGUUAAACGCAAGAUAUAUUUGGAACAAAGAGGAUCAUGUAUGGUGCGAGUACUAUUCACCCAAUUUAAAAAGAUGGGUUCAUUUAGAUUGCUGCGAACAAAGUUUUGAUGAGCCUCAUAUUUACUCGAAGAAUUGGAACAAGAAGAUGAGUUAUGUUUUGGCUUUCAGUAAUGACAUUGUAGCAGAUGUUAGUGGCAGAUAUAUCCUACAAAAUAACCUACCUCGUAAUGCCAUAUCUGAGAACGAACUGAAUUUUAUGUGUACUUACCUAACUAAGACAUUGAGAAAAGAUUUCAAUGAUGAUCAAAUAUACGCUCUGGCGUGCCGAGAUGAACAAGAGCGAUUAUCAUUGGAGAAGACAAAGCCAUCGAAAGAUACAUCGACGACUACAUUGACAGGUACAAAAGGUAGAGAAAGUGGUUCUACAGCCUGGAAGCAGCAAAGAGGAGAAGAUGGUUCAUGA